CCGGAGUUUCUGUCACACUAAAGUCAUGUUAAUUAAAGAACUAUAACCUGUCUUAAUACAAGUUAGCGAUCCUGGACAAUAUAAAGUCAUAACGUGAGAUUAUUGGGGAAAAUAUCGAGAAAAAAAAGAACGAUGAAGGGAAGCAAAUUCGACAUCGAGGAGUACUUGAUGAAGCUCCAAUGUGCCAAGUGUGAACCUAAGAAAUAUAAGACUCCAAAUUACUCCAAGACCCGGCAUUGUAUCUUCUCCCAGGACCCGGUGCAAGAUGAUCUGAUAUGGAGAUCAGUGGUGAGAGGAGAGGCAACGGCGGCACAGCGCAGGAAACACGACUAUGCCGCAACCCAAACUCUCUGUCAGCUCUCGACAUCAUCUCAAUCAAGGAAGAGUUCCUUUCCCUCCACCUCACCAUCGAGUGACGGACGAGGGAGGCGGGAAGGACCAAAGGACGCUUUCAUGCAACGUCUUGAACAGUCCUACACGCACGCCACCCAAGGUCCUUCCCUCCCACCAACCUCUAGUGCUUAUAUCGGUUGGCGCUCCUCUGUCCCGGACUUGAGAUUAGAACGAUAUGGUGCAUACACUUGAAUCCGACUCCCGCCUGAAUCCGACUCCUACAUCACGGCUAUACCUUCAGUUCCACAACAACGUCUACACCAGCGCCAAGACCUUUAGUAACAUCGAAACCCAAGACAGCACACUUGCAAAUCACACCAAUAUCUGGACAUCCUAAAUACAGUGACCACACCUUGGGUUCAGUGACCACACCCGGGAUUAAAUGACCACACCUUGGCCUCAGUAACCACACCUUUGGUUCACUAAACACACCUCAGAUUUGUAAUAAAAGUGAGUUUUUUUAAUGGAAUUCUAUAUAGGUUAACAGAUGGAGAAUAAUAGAAAGAAUAAUAAAAUUGGUGAUGAGAAGAACAAGUGGAACGUCACCUUUACUGAUGAGAAGGAACACCAAAUAAUACCCCUAGGUGGAACAUUAUACACAAAAGGAAUAAAACUAUGAAUUGUGACCAAAAGGUAAAAAUUCAUUCAAAGAUCAACUGCGUGUAAUGUAAUUUAUUUAAAAAAAAAGGUUCUUAAAUACUGAUAAUAAUGGAAGAUAAGAAUUAAUCUAUUGUUAACUACAGCAGUUAACUUGCAAUAUCAACUAGCAUGAGAGGUAUUCAUUUAUGGUAGUUGUAGUCUUAAUCCUAUACCCUAACUAAUAUAUUAUAUAUACCUGUAAAA